AUGAGUGUCAGUGGAGGCCAUAAACGGCGUUCACGUAGCUCUUUUGUAUCAGUUCGCUAUAUACCAACCGAUGAAGAAGAAGAACUUCAUCGUCAAACUGAGUCACAAAAUUUACGAGUCUCCUUAUAUCAAAUUAAAAAUAUUGAAACAAUUCUUAAUUUAGAGUUUUAUAUUGGACGUUAUAUGAGAAAUACAUUGAUUAAUCUUGAUAUUAAUGAACAAAUGACACAAGCAGCGGAAGCACUUAAUAUUAAAUUAAAUGAUAUUGAAGAACUCGAAGAUGAUGCUGCAUUAGGCAAUGGUGGUCUUGGUCGUUUAGCAGCUUGUUUUCUUGAUUCAAUGGCUACAUUGGGUAUACCAUCCUAUGGAUACGGACUAAGAUAUCAAUUUGGAAUAUUUAAACAACAAAUUGUAGACGGUUGGCAAGUAGAAGUACCAGAUGAUUGGCUUCGACAACCCAUGCCUUGGGAAAUUCGACGAGUUGAAAAUGAAAUUCGUAUUCAUUUUUAUGGAAAAGUUAUUUGGAAUCAAUCCAUUAAUAAUUUUCAAUGGACGGACUAUGAAACAGUAAUUGCUCAAGCUUAUGAUUAUCCUGUACCUGGUUAUAAAAACAACAUUGUCAAUACGAUGCGUCUAUUUUCUGCUAAAGCUGAUUGUGAUUUUAAUUUUAAAUCAUUCAAUGAAGGUGAAUAUAUACAUGCAGUAAUGGAACGUAAUAAAGCUGAACGUAUUACUUGUGUAUUGUAUCCUAAUGAUAAUAUUGCUGAAGGACGUGAAUUACGUUUAAAACAAGAAUAUUUCUUAAUUGCAGCUAGUUUACAUGAUAUUUUACGUCGAUUUAAAGGUGAAAAACGUUGGCAAAUAUCAUCAAAUAAAGAAACAAAAAGUAAUAUUUUACAAUUACCAGGAGCUAAGUUAAAUCAAAACCCAGUGUCAUCUGUAUCUAUUGAUUUUAAAUGUAUGCCUGACAUGGUAGCUAUUCAAUUAAAUGAUACGCAUCCAUCAUUAGCUAUACCUGAAAUGAUGCGCCUUCUUCUUGAUAGUGAACAUUUAUCAUGGGAUGAUGCAUGGUAUAUAACAGUCAAUUGUUUUGCAUAUACAAAUCACACAUUAAUGCCUGAAGCAAUCGAGCGAUGGCCAGUUCAAAUGAUUGAAAGUUCGUUUACAAUGAAUAAUAUAUAUGAUAGAAUGUGGGAGUAACUUCUUCCACGUCAUUUACAAAUAAUCUAUGAAAUAAAUGAACGACAUUUAAAAAAUGUACGAGAUCAUUUUUCAUUUGAUGAAGAUCGUAUUCGACGAAUGUCUAUUAUUGAAGAAGGACCAAUACAAUUAAUAAAUAUGGCUUAUUUAUCAAUAAUUGGCUCACAUACUGUCAAUGGUGUUGCACAACUUCAUUCGAAACUUUUACGUGAAUCUAUGUUUAAAGAUUUUUAUGAAUUAACACCAGAAAAAUUUCAAAAUAAAACAAAUGGUGUUACGUUUCGUCGAUGGCUUGCUCUUUGUAAUCCUGAUCUAUUUUCAUUAAUUGUUGAAUGUAUAGGUGAACAAUUUGUUCGCAAUGAUUAUCAAUCACUUCAUCUUUUUCGUCAGUAUGCUUUAAAUAAAAAUAUUCUUUCACGUGUUCAACAAAUUAAAAUUAAAAAUAAAUUACGAUUAGCUCAUAUGCUUGAAGAUGAAUAUAAUAUUGAAGUUAAUAUUGAAUCAAUAUUUGAUGUACAAAUCAAACGAAUUCAUGAAUAUAAAAGAGCACUACUUUGUUUACUUCAUGCUAUUACACUUUACAAUCGACUUAAAAAAGAUCGAGGAGAAAAUAAACAAGAUCCAUUUGUACCACGAACUAUUAUUAUUGGUGGCAAAGCUGCACCUGGUUAUGCAAUUGCUAAAAAAAUUAUCAAGUUGAUUAAUGAUGUUGCAUUAGUAAUCAAUAAUGAUACACAUAUUGGCAAUCGAUUAAAAUUAUUAUUUGUAAAAAAUUAUCGAGUAACAGCAGCUGAAUAUAUUAUUCCAGCUGCUGAUCUUUCAGAACAAAUAUCAUUAGCAGGAACAGAAGCGAGUGGCACAGGCAAUAUGAAAUUUAUGCUCAAUGGUGCAUUAACUAUAGGAACAUUAGAUGGAGCAAAUAUUGAAAUGCGUGAAGAAUGUGGAGUGGAAAAUAUGUAUACAUUUGGAUUGACUGUUGAAGAAGUACAACAACGACGACAACAAGGUUAUGAUCCAUAUGAAAAUUUGAAAAAUGAAGAAUUACGUCUUGCUAUUGAUCAAAUACGUGAUGGAUAUUUUUCACCUGAUGAUCGAUCACGUUUUCAUGAUAUUAUUGGUACAUUAUUAACAGGUGGAGAUCAUUGGAUGGUGUUAGCUGAUUAUCAAGCUUAUAUUGAUAAACAAUGUGAAGUAUCACGAGAUUUUCUUAAUCCUCAAAUAUGGUAUUCAAAGUGUAUUCAUAAUAUUGCAGCAGCUGCUAAAUUUUCAUCAGAUCGAACGAUUGAAGAAUAUGCAAAAGAUAUUUGGCAUUGUACAAUGCAUAAAAAUGGAAGACCAGAUCAUAUCAAAGAAGAAUGUUCGACAGCGAAGCAUGAAGAACUUUUACGUCGUACAAGCAGUGAUUCACUUACUUGA